CCGCGCCCCGCGCCCCGCGCCCCGCGCCCCGCGCCAUGGACCUGCCCAGGGCCCUGCUGGUGGCCUGGGCGCUCAGCCUGGGGCCAGGGUUCACGGAUACCUUCAACAUGGACACCAGGAAGCCUCAAAUCAUUUCUGGCUCUAGAGCUGCCUUCUUCGGCUACACGGUACAGCAGCAUGACAUCGGCGGCAAGAAGUGGCUGGUCGUGGGCGCUCCAUUGGAAACCAACGGCCACCAGAAGACGGGAGACGUGUACAAGUGUCCAGUGACCCAUGGGAACUGUACCAAGCUCAACCUGGGAAGGGUCACUCUGUCUAACGUGUCGGAGCGGAAGGACAACAUGCGCCUCGGCCUGAGCCUGGCCACCAACCCCAAGGACAACAGCUUCCUGGCCUGCAGCCCACUCUGGUCUCACGAGUGUGGGAGUUCCUACUACACCACAGGAAUGUGUUCAAGAGUCAACUCCAACUUCAGGUUCUCCAAGACGGUAGCCCCAGCUCUCCAAAGAUGCCAGACCUACAUGGACAUCGUCAUUGUCCUGGAUGGCUCCAACAGCAUCUACCCCUGGGUGGAGGUUCAACACUUCCUCAUCAACAUCCUGAAGAAAUUUUACAUUGGCCCUGGACAGAUCCAGGUUGGAGUUGUCCAGUACGGAGAAGACGUGGUGCAUGAAUUUCACCUCAAUGACUACAGGUCUGUAAAAGAUGUAGUGGAAGCUGCCAGCCACAUUGAGCAGAGAGGAGGGACAGAGACCCGGACGGCAUUUGGCAUCGAAUUUGCUCGUUCCGAGGCUUUCCAGAAAGGUGGAAGGAAGGGAGCCAAGAAGGUGAUGAUCGUCAUAACAGAUGGGGAGUCCCAUGACAGCCCAGACCUGGAGAAGGUGAUCCAGCAAAGCGAGAGAGACAACGUGACCAGAUAUGCUGUGGCCGUUCUGGGCUACUACAACCGCAGGGGGAUCAAUCCAGAAGCUUUUCUAAAUGAGAUCAAAUACAUCGCCAGUGACCCCGAUGACAAGCAUUUCUUCAACGUGACUGAUGAGGCGGCCCUGAAGGACAUCGUUGAUGCUCUGGGGGACAGGAUCUUCAGCUUGGAAGGCACCAACAAAAAUGAGACCUCCUUCGGGCUGGAGAUGUCACAGACCGGCUUUUCGUCUCACGUGGUGGAGGACGGGAUUCUGCUGGGAGCCGUUGGCGCCUAUGACUGGAACGGGGCCGUGCUGAAGGAGACCAGCGGCGGGAAGGUCAUCCCCCUCCGAGAGUCCUACCUGAAGGAAUUCCCCGAGGAGCUCAAGAACCACGGUGCCUAUCUAGGGUACACCGUCACGUCGGUCAUGUCCUCCAGGCAGGGGUGGGUGUACGUGGCAGGAGCACCCCGGUUCAACCACACGGGCAAAGCCAUCCUGUUCACCAUGCACAACAACAGGAGUCUCACCAUCCACCAGGCCCUGCGGGGUGAGCAGAUAGGCUCCUACUAUGGGAGUGAGAUCACCUCGGUGGACAUCGACAGCGACGGGGUGACCGAUGUCCUGCUGGUGGGCGCCCCCAUGUACUUCAGCGAGGGCCGAGAGCGGGGCCGGGUAUACGUCUACAACCUGAGACAGAACCGGUUUGUUUACAACGGGACACUGGAGGAUUCCCACGGCUACCAGAACGCCCGAUUCGGGGCGUGCAUCGCCGCGGUCCGGGACCUCAAUCAAGAUUCCUACAGCGACGUGGUGGUGGGAGCACCCCUGGAGGACAACCACGGAGGAGCCAUCUACGUCUUCCACGGCUUCCAGGCCAGCAUCCUAAAGACGCCGAAGCAGAGAAUCGCGGCCUCUGACCUGGCUCCUGGUCUCCAGUAUUUUGGCUGCAGCAUCCAUGGGCAACUGGACCUCAAUGAGGAUGGGCUCGUCGACCUGGCGGUGGGCGCCCUGGGCAACGCUGUGAUUUUGUGGUCCCGUCCGGUGGUUCAGAUCAAUGCCAGCCUCCACUUUGAGCCGUCCAAGAUCAACAUCUUCCACAGGGAUUGCAAACGCAGCGGCAGGGACGCCACCUGCCUGGCCGCCUUCCUCUGCUUCACACCCAUUUUCCUGGCACCCCAUUUCGAGAAGGACACAGUCGGCAUCAGGUACAAUGCUACCAUGGAUGAGAGGCGGUACACGCCGCGGGCCCACCUGGAUGAGGGCGGCGACCGGUACACCAACAGAGCUGUCCUGCUCUCCUCCGGCCAGGAGCACUGUGAGCGGAUCAGCUUCCAUGUCCUGGACACUGCCGACUACGUGAAGCCAGUGACCUUCUGGGUGGAGUACUCCCUGGAGGACCCCGACCACGGCCCGGUGCUGGACGACGGCUGGCCCACCACCCUCCGAGUCUCGGUGCCCUUCUGGAACGGCUGCAACGAGGACGAGCACUGUGUCCCUGACCUCCUGCUGGAUGCCCGCAGUGACCUGCCCACAGCCAUGGAGUACUGCCAGCGAGUGCUGAGGAAGCCCGUGCAGGACUGCUCCACAUACACCCUGUCCUUUGACACCACGGUUUUCAUCAUCGAGAGCACUCGCCGAAGGGUCGCAGUGGAGGCCAUGCUGGAGAACAGGGGCGAGAAUGCCUAUAGCACCGUCCUAAAUAUUUCGCAGUCAACCAACCUGCAGUUUGCCAGCUUGAUCCAGAAGGACGACUCAGACGGCAGCAUCGAGUGCGUGAACGAGGAGAGGAGACUCCACAAGAAAGUCUGCAAUGUCAGCUACCCCUUCUUCCGGGCCAAGGCCAAGGUGGCUUUCCGGCUAGAUUUUGAGUUCAGCAAAUCCGUCUUCCUGCACCAUCUGGAGAUCCGGCUCACCGCUGGCAGUGACAGUGAUGAGGAGGAGAGCACCAAGGAAGACAACACGGCCCUCCUGCGCUUCCACCUCAAAUAUGAGGCUGAUGUCCUCUUCACCAGGAGCAGCAGCCUGAGCCACUACGAGGUCAAGCCCAACAGCUCACUGGAGAUGUAUGAUGGCAUCGGGCCUCCCUUCAGCUGCGUCUUCAAGAUCCAAAACUUGGGCUUGUUCCCCAUCCAUGGGGUGAUGAUGAAGAUCACCGUCCCCAUCGCCACCAGGGGGGGCAACCGCCUGCUGAUGCUGAGGGACUUCCUCACUGACCAGGUGAACACAUCCUGUAACAUCUGGGGAAACAGCACCGAGUACCGGCACGCCCCGACGGAGGAAGACCUGACCCGGGCCCCACAGCUGAAUCACAGCACCUCUGAUGUCAUCUCCAUCAACUGCAACGUAAGGCUGGCCCCCAACCAGGAAAUCAAUUUCCACCUGCUGGGGAACCUGUGGUUGAGGUCCCUAAAAGCACUCAAGUACAGGUUGAUGAGGAUCACGGUCAAUGCGGCCUUGCAGAGACAGUUCCACAGUCCCUUCAUCUUCCGCGAGGAGGAUCCCAGCCGCCAGAUCACAUUUGAGAUCUCCAAGCAAGAAGACUCGCAGAUCCCCAUCUGGAUCAUUGUGGGCAGCACCCUGGGGGGCCUCCUGCUGCUGGCCCUGCUGGUCCUGGCACUAUGGAAGCUCGGCUUCUUUAAAAGUGCCAAGCGCAGGAGAGAGCCUGGCCUGGACCCCACCCCCAAAGGGCUGGAGUGAGGCUCAGAGGAGGCUGCAAGUUGAUGGGGGCCAGGACACCGGUCCAGGCAGCCUGCGGGCCCAGGCCCGUGGCCCACUGAGCUGGGGUGGAGAAGACACCAGCUCGCUUUGCACUUGACCUCAUCUCCUGAGAGACCAAGCCUGCACCCUCUGAAAGCAACUCAAGCUGGUUUCAAGAGGGACCGCUCUCCUGGGAGGCCCGGACACCUCCAACGCGGAGCCCUGGUGAUUUGGAGGGCCCCCUCCCGCAGCACACCAAAGGCUCCCCCAGGCUCUGUGGGGGCAUUUGCUGCCCGGGCCACUAAGGUGCUAGGAAUUCAGAACCUUCCCGUCCCAUCCUCGGAAGACACCGGGGGAGGAAGCCUGCCACUCUGCACACUCCAGGCCUUGAGUCCCAGCAGGGCCCCGUGGAGCAGCAGAUCUGCAUUCUUUGCUGUCCUCCCACCCCCUGCACCCCGCACCCUGCACCCCGGGCGGCCCAAGGCGCCGAGUCCCACCAGCCUCUUCCGCGGGCAGGAGAUAGGUCCCUGAAGCUGCCCCUGAAUGAACCGGGGCCCGGGAUGGUGACAGCUGCUGGCCAGGGAUGAUGAAGGACCCUGGGACGCGGAGACUGGGACGGAUGGGCAGCUGGGACGCAGAACAGGGGCGCCCACCUGGAGCUGGGGAGGCAGGCGGGCCCGCCCCCCGCCCCCCACGGGAGCAGGUGUGCCAGGCACUCCCUGGGGCCCGCGUCCCAGGCCGCAUUUCUCCCCACCUGCCUGCCCUGCCCUGCCCCGCAGGCCCCUCAGCAGGGGGAGCAGUGCAGAGCCCCCCCAUGCAUCACCCACCUCCCCGCGCAUGAGCGUGCGCACACCCAUGCACACAAACACCCCCCACCCACCCACCCAGCCUCCCGUCCCUCCCGCCCACCGUGCACGAGAGAAAGGCUCGGCCAGCGCUGCUGAGGGGUCCCCUCCGGAACACUGCACUGGUUAAAGCCGGUGUAGGGGCACCCCAGUCUCUGCAACCUCGGUGGCAAAUAUCUGAUCCGCUGGCUCAUGGGACAAGUGGUACCACCAAUGACGGCGCCUUGAGGACAACAGGCACGCCCGGUGCCCAGCGAGUAAUUUAUGCCUUAAUCUUGUUUUGAGGUAGAAAUGAAAGGGGGAUGCAUCAAAGGCAUCUGUCCUCCUGUCACAUAGUACGACCUUUACUGUCGUAAAUAUUUUUUGAAAUUAAAAAAAAAAAAAUACAGUGUUGAAACAA